UGCUCCAAAGGUGCUUGAAUCGCCCAACACAAGCGGCAAUGGUUUUGCCCGCGAUGAACGUAGAUGACCCCGACGUGCGUCGGGCAGAGGCUCGAAGAUCUCGAGACAACGAACGCGUGAAGAAGCUGCAUGACGGCCGCUUGCGUAAUAACGGAGCGGACAUCAUUGGGAUUAAAAACCAAAUUGUUGAAAAGGAAGCCCGCGCCGCCCGAGAAGCGCAGGAGGAGCAGCAGCACGUGCACGAGCAAGAGAGCAUCCGCCGGUACAUCAGUCGAGUCGAAGCUGACGAAGCAGCCCAGCGACAUGAAGAAGCAGUACGACUUCGACAGGAGUGGCUAAGCCAGAGUCUGACUCGUGGCGAACGCCGGGAGGCGGAUAUUGCCCGGAAAGAGAUGUCGGCGCUGAAUGUCGACGAUUGCUCGGUCGCAUCGGCUCAAAAGUUCGACGGCGAAGACCUUGGACGGCAUGAACGGCGCCGCCUUCAAGCAUCCCAAGUACGCGAGUGGACGCAGAGUCAAAUUGCGGCGAAAAACGCCAAGGCGAGUGACGACAAGGAGCGCGACCGCCAUUACGAUGAAACGAUGCGGGGAGUGAGCGAUUUGCAGCAGCAAGCGGAAGCCGACUACGAGCGAGAAAGGGCAAAACAAGCCCUUGAGGUGCGGCGAUACAACGAGGCCAUGGCAAACGCGCUCAAGGAACAAGGGGUGGCGCAGCACGAGCUCAAUGAUAUCAUCGAUCGAAGCGAGAUCCUAGCGACUGUACAGAGCGAUUUCCUCAGUGAAAACGCUCUACAAGCCAAACUGGCCAACCCAAACCGCGUGCGUGUGGAUCACUGGAAGGGGUUGUCGAAAGACGAAGUCAAGAAAAUCGUGCUGUCCAACAAUGACCUCCUCACUGCCAAACAAAAGCGACAUUGCCUCGAGAAGGAGUCCGAGUUGUUGCAACAUCAAGCAGAGGAUGGAAUCCGUCGGCAGUUAAUCGAAAUCGAUUACGACGCGGAGAAGCAGAAGGCCCAAACACAGCUCGAAAUCCAGCAAACCCUCAAGCGACAAGCGCUAGAAGCCAAAGAAAGGGAAAAAAAGCAAAAAGAGCAAUCCCAAGGCAAGAUCGAAAAGAGCUUUUUCAACUCGUUUGGAAGGUCAUUCCGAUAAAGCGGCGUAGUUGCAUUCUAAAGUGAAUUGAUAUCCCUCGUUGCAUGAAACAUUUCGAACAUACCCUACUGUGUCCCAAAGC